CAUUUAAUAAUAUAAUAUUAAAUGAUAUAUUGUUAAAUGAUUUAUUGUUUCGAUAAUGUAUUCGAUAAUUAUCGAUCAAUGUGGGAUAUCGAUUUGACUUAUAUUUUAAUUUACACAUACUUGCUAUUUUUAUGGAAAAGUAAUUAUAAUUUAUGAAACAAUUUAAACAUAAAUUAAUAAUAAUUAGUCUUAUUAGUGCAAAAACGCAAAGUUCAAAAUGAUAUAUAUCGCAGAGGCACUCGACUUGACGCGUAAAGUUAGCGUUAAUCGCGCCAGAAAUGAUCAUCUCUGGCUCGAGCCUCGAGCCAACUUAAUACAAUUCUCUGUUAUAGGGGUUCACAUGCCUUCCAGAACGGACCGGAGCACGGGACAGAUGAGCUCCCGAUCGAGUGGCAUCGCAAUUUGUCUAAUUGAAUCCGUAACAAUCCUGAGAUGCAUUGGCCCUGGGAGAGGAUAUCGUUGCGACGUCCGAUUGGUAAGUGAAAUUUACAUUUAAUACGACAUUGUAAUAAGUCAUUGAACGGUCGAAUAAGAGUCUCAUCGCGCUCCACGUCUCGACACAUUUUAUUUCACAUUUUGGUAUUUCUCGGGUAAUUAUUCUCGCGAGCGAUCGGAGCGAUUGACGUGAUAAUCGCAUUUUCGCGAUAAUACGACAAUUACUUGUUAUAAAAAAGUGUCAUUCAAAAAAUUUACGUCGGUCAAUGUACGAAAAAUUCGGGUGCGGGUUACCAGAAAUACAUUGGCGCUGCAAGUCUCGGAAAUUGUCGAGGAGACUCUUCCCUUUUCCGCGAAAUCGCGUUCGGCCUAUUUGAUUUUAAGUGCAAACGCUUGUCCAAAGUUUUUUCUGUCAUCGAAAAAAAGCGAGGCUUCCGCUUCGAUGCUUCGGAUAAUCGCUUCUCGGAAAUCGUCGAGGCUCCGGGAUGCUUGUCCGAAGUUUUUUUCGUCGUCAAAAAAAAGCGAGGCGCCACUCAGACGCCAGUCCCCUCGACGAAUUCUGAGAAACGGUUACUAGAAGCAUCGAAGCGGAAACUUCUCGGAAAUCGACGAUUUCCAAGAAGCGAUUAUCUCCCCUUCUCCGCGAGAUCCCGAGUCAGGCGACUCACGGUAGCCAAUCAGCUACUAGCUCCGCCUACUAUUCUCUCCUUCCCUCUUUCAAACGCUUCGACGGUUCCGGGCAGUCCGCGCGGACUGAGCUCAGUUGCCUGACGAGGGGGGGUCGGUAGGUCAGUUGUGUCGCGAAGCUUCGGUAGUAAACAUGUACGCUGCUCGUCUAUCGGAAAAGAAUAUCGCGAUCGCCUCGUGUGUGUGUGGUGUGGUGUGGUGUGGUGUGGUGUGGUGUGGUAUGGUGUGGUGUGGUGUGGCGUGGUGUGGUGUGUUGUGUGUGAAGUGCAUCGUCGUUGCCUUCCUCGCUGCUUCAGGACCACUUUCGCCGUUGCCUCCGUCUCUGCUUCAGGACGAUCGCUGUGGACCGCUGCGAACGAGAGCAUUACUCUGCAUUCGUACACAGGCAAAGUUCGGACUGCGACGUGACGUAAGCUGGACGGUCCAUAAUCAUUUAGGUCGCUUACUGCUGUCAGUUGAAAGGCAUGAUGUGGCGACUUUUGUCGAUGCUGUUCAGACAGGACGAACUUCCGACGAUUUGUCACUACUACACAAUAUUUACGUAGAAAGGGAAUGUCGCCAGCGAUUUCUCGCUGGAUGAAUUCGCACAUGGAUUUAAAUGACUCGAUAUU